AUGGACGCCCCUGGUGAAAUCCUGUCCCAGACCAAAUCUGUGGUCCAAGAAACUCCAAUCAUAUUGAAUACUGACACAGGCAAAAACGCAGUUUUUGCAUCACCGGAGGGUCAGAGGAAGUGGAAAGGGUUCCUUCCCCCUGAGUCCAUCAAGAUCCUCCGUGAUUGGCUGUAUGAACACAGGCACAGCACCCACCCGUCAGCGGUGGAGAACAAAAUGCUGUCGGAGCAGACCAAUUUGUCUUUACGACAGAUCUCUUUCUGGUUCAUAAAUGCUCGCAGAAGAAUUCUCCCCCAAAUACUUCAACAAGAUGGAAUCAAUCCCAAGCAGAGCAACAUGAAAUAUCAAAAUGGCAAGCACAGAGAAAUGAUGCAUAUGCAGAGCACAAAUUCAUUUACAUGUGCCAACUCAGGGUCCAGAAAUAUGGGCACAGCACAAUCCCUGCACCUGUGUCCCCUGCUGAAAAAUACACUCUUAGGGAAGAAACUUCUGCAUGCAGUGUUAGCCCCAGGCCAGAUGCUGGACAUCCAGCCAAAGAAAAAGUUCAAGAUUUGCACUAGCAAGCCCUUGCCUAUGUCUUCUCCUGACCCUGUUAUAUAG